AAAAACAUUUUACCGUAGGAAGCAAAAUGCAGCUCUCGAGUAGGCGCAAAUUGGACAUUCCUCACACCUCGUCAAAACAAUCUUCUGUUUUGUCAGUAUUAACUUUACACACAGGAUCGUUUAAACUUGGACACCCCUUCGUCUUUACGCUCGUGGUAUCGUCCACUAGGAAGCAUGGAGUCCACGGUGAUCAGUGAUUACUACAAUUCCUGCUCAACUCUGAUUUCGGUCUUUAUCAAAUAAGAGACUGCAAUGCAUAACUACACAGAAUUGGGGCGCGAGGCUAUCGCCGCGGUUUUCAGAAACAUUGGCGCCUUUCCCACUCCUUUGUCGGCAGCUGUUACUCACGAUACAGCCACUGCCGACGGUACACGUUACAUCUCCAUUUCCACGGUGUGGAGUCAGGUGGACCAUACCAAGGCGGCCCGACUCUGCUUCUCUCAGAGCUGGACUCUCCUGUGUGACCACAAGGGGGUGCUCCAGUGCCUCCCACCGUCUCCCUGCACACACAGCAACAGAGAGUUGCUUAGCAGCUACUCGACUUCCGGAAGUUAUCGGGCUAUUGUCAGUCAGGGGUCAGGACACCAGUAUCUGGAGGUAUGGUCCAGCGGUGGUCUGAAGACGAGCCUGGAUCUCACAGCUCUGAAUGUGCAUGGCAGUGUGUAUGAGGACGCUACUUUCGCAUGUCUGGCCUGGGCGGCGUGCGAGGGCCGGUUGCUGUACGUUGCAGAGAAGCUGCCAGGGAAGUCAGAGCCGUCUGGACCUUCAUCCUCUUCAUCAGCCAGAGCAGAUGGAGCUCCCGGAGAGGAGUUUAAUGACAAGAGUGUGUACGUGGAGGACUGGGGAGAGGGCCUCACCGGUCGGAGCUCCUCAGUGCUCUGUGUGGCUGACCUGGGGAAAGGUGAUGUGACCGUCCUCAAGGGGGUUCCACCGCAUGUGAGCCCUGCCCAGGCUCUGUGGACCCCAAAAGAUGAGGGUGUGGUCUUUGUCGGAUGGUGGGAGGAGCCUUUCAGACUGGGCUUGAAGUUCUGCUCCAAUCGCAGGUCAGGGUUGUUUCACCUAGACUUGCAGGGCAACUGUGAGCUCUUGUCAGCGGAUAGUGUGAGCGUGUCAUGUCCUCGUCUCAGUCCUGAUGGACGCUGGCUGGUGUACCUGCAAGGACGAGUGUUUGGACCUCACAGCCAGUGCCUCAGCCUCCAGCAGUGUGACUGGCAGACCAAGAGGACCUCUGUACUGCUGGAUGUGGUGAAGAGGCCAAAGACAGGAGAAUUUGCAGGAAUUUACGAGGCUUUGCCAUCACACUGCUGGUCCUCAGACAGUCAGAGGAUCAUCUUCAGCAGUGCUCGUGGAAACUACAAGGAUCUCUUUGUAUUGGAUAGAAGAACUAAAAGAGUGACUCUGGUCUCAGACAACUCUGAGUUUGGCUUCUGGAAGCUGCUGCUGGUUCAUAAGGACCUUCUGGUGGUCAGCUGCUCUGCCCCCAGCCGCCCCCCACGCCUGAGGGUGGGGUUCCUGCCUCCUGUAGGUGGAGAGGUUGGAAUGUCCUGGGUGACCCUGAAUGACCCCUCAUUGACCUUUGACCUGGAGUGGAAGGCACUGGAGUUGAAUCCUUCCCCCCAGGAGGAGAACCUCCAGUUCUCGGGUCUGUGUAUCGGGGCGUUGCUGGUGAGGCAGGUCGCCCAUGGCAGCGGGAGGCAGCCUUUGGUGGUGUUCAUUCACGGUGGCCCACACUCUCAUUUCUGUGCUGAAUGGAUCCCCAGUGUAGCUGCUUUGGCCAGGCUGGGCUAUGCUGUGCUGAUGGUGAACUACCGUGGCUCUACUGGCUUUGGGCAAGAUGGCAUCCUCUCUCUGAUUGGGAACAUUGGUAGCCAGGAUGUCAAGGAUGUACAGAGGGCUGUGCUGCAUGCACUGCAGGAUGACAUCACCCUGGACCCUCAGCGAGUCAUGGUGAUGGGCGGGUCACACGGUGGCUUUCUGGCCUGUCACCUCGUUGGUCAGUACCCAGACUUCUACAAAGCAUGUGCGGCUCGGAACCCUGUCAUCAAUGCCGCCACCCUUGUUGGCACCAGCGAUAUUGUGGACUGGCGAUACUGCUCUGUAGGACUGGAGUAUUCAUUUGACCAACUGCCCACUCCAGAAGCCCUGAGCCUCAUGCUGCAGAUAUCCCCCAUCACACAUGCUGCACAGAUCCGCGCUCCUGUUUUGCUGAUGUUGGGAGCUAAAGACAGGAGAGUGUCUCCCCACCAGGGUCUUGAGCUCUACAGAGCACUGAAGAGCAGAGGCUCCCCGAUCAGGCUGCUGUGGUAUGUGGAGGAUGGUCACUCUCUUGGGCGAGUGGAAACUCAGGCAGACUGCUUCAUCAACAUUGUAUUAUGGUUCCAACAACCUUUGCAGCAGAGAUGAGGCUGCACACACACACACAGACAGGCACACACACUCACUGCUUUCAUACACUCCUACAGUGACAAUAAAAUGUUUUAUACACAUGUUUUGAAAUAGUCAUCAUAAAAUGUAGGUCUUGGCCUCCGUAAAGCGCUUUAAGACUAUGUCCAUUGUAAAUGGUGCUAUAGAAAUUAAUCAAAUCCAUCAGAAUAAAAGCACACGGAGACCGGAAAUGUUGAA